AUGGACCAGAAGUGGAAGUAUGAUCUGGCCAGUUUGUUACGUGUACAUAAACCUCAUUACGUUAAUGUAACAUGUAAAGGAAGUGAUAAUGGAUUUGUCGCAUACCAAAAUGCUAUUACAACCCGUUUUGCACAGCAUCAGGUUAUCUGGAAACGGCAUGGCAAGCCAUUCCCCUAUCCGUUGACGUUUCCAGUGAGGUUUUGUCCAUUUGAUGAAAACCUCUGCUUUGGACCGCACAUGACCCAAGCAGACUUGCCUAAUAUUGCUUACCUGCACCUAUAUGUCAUUGACUCGGCGUCAGUAGAUGAGUACCGUACCUCUGUAAGGCACAACGUCUCCGAGUGGUUUGCAAAAGUAAGUAGUAAAAGUGACGUCCAAUGGCUCAUUGUUGUCGACUCGACAAGAGCGAAAGACAAAAAGAAUCGAACGAGCUUAAUGGAGAAAUUAAAACAGGACUUUAGCAAACACACCACAAGGUUGAUAGAAGUGUCAGAGUCUGUGGAACAUGGAUCCUUCGCGGGACUCGAGCAAGCAAUACAAAAUGCAUUACUGAAUCAUCUGGAUGUCUUAACGGGAACUUGGGAAGCAUCACUGAAUGGAUCGCGCGGAAAAUACACAGAUAUGAAUUGGAGUUUGUCUGCGUACUGUUCCUCAACUAUGGAAUACGCUCGGUUGUACUGGAGUCUUGGUGCACUCGAACAUGCUCUAACAAUAUAUGACGAACUCGAUUUGUUUCUUGUUGAUAUUGUCAAUGAAAUGGCGAGUGUUGAAGCGGGAAAAGAACCACGAUGGGUAGUAUCGCUGCGGAGUGCUGGGCUUCCAUUUCGAUCGUUGUAUUCUUCUUUCGAGCAGUCGAAACUGGACUGCAAGAAGGAUCAUGGAUUAGUUGUUAUUCGACAUUUCCUUGUUGCACAUCAAAUAUUGCUGAGUCUCUACAUGUACAACUCAAGACAUCGUUCACGAGGCGCUGCACCAUCCAUAAGAGUUGAUUUUGCAGCCCUGGUAUUAAGGUACACGAAACAUGUUCUAAACACUGCUAUGGAUCAGUCGAGGAUUGCACUGAUGAAUGUUUCCUCUGCACGAUUGGCGUGUUGGAGCCUUGUUGUGUCAGGGGAGGCAUUGCAUAUUGCGGGGCUUCUGGCCGAUCCAUCAACUGUUGAUGGUGCCGCUUCGUCUGUGUGCGCUAUUCAAACACAGAGAUUCUUUUCGAUGCUUGAUCUGGCUAAUUUGUCAAAUAGUGGACGGUCUGAAACAAAAGAGUCGCUUCUCAAGUGGCUUGCUGCAGAGGAUUCCAGUGGAGGCUCAGAAUUUCUGCGAGAGAUGCUGCAAUCGACGAGUAGUUUUGCUCAACAAAUGUCGAAAGCGCACGAUGCAGCCACCUCCGCCUUGCUGCAGUGGGGGCGAAGUCGACAGUCGGCGCAUAUUGGAUGGAAAAUGGCCGAAUGGAUGAGGGCAAAUGGGCGAGAAGUUGGGGCUCUCCCUCUAGAGCUGAGAUUCAUUUCGUCGCUGCUGGAAAGUGGAAUGAAAUCUCAGCCAGUGGUGGAUGUGAUGAAGAAAGUAAUACCAUAUUUGAAAGAUGAUGUCGACUAUGAACGCUUACUGACGUAUCGGCUAUUCAUAGCUGUUCAUGAAAGCGACGAGGAACAGCGAAGAAAGAUUGCAGAAGAUCUAGUAGCUCAAGUUGACAAAAAGAAUACUGCUGAAAAUAUCAGGUUAACCGAUCCGCCCGGUGUUCCGAAGGACCUGCUUCAGGGUGCUAUCGGCGGUUUCACCCCACUUGUACAAAUCCCCAACGGACGAGUUUCUAUGGAUUUCAUAGUGACAUCAUCGUUACCAAUUCCCAUUGAUAAUUUUGGUCUAAGAGUGAAAUUACGAGAAGUGGACGAACAUGUACUAUCAAGGCGGAAACAGCCAGUAUACGACGUCCUCUUCAGCGAACGAGAUCAAAUAUGCAGAGUGGUAACGUUGAACAAACAUUCUUCUCGAGCAAGUCAUAAAUCUAAUUCCCACUCUAAGUCACCUGUUGAAAAAAGACGUGCGGAAAAGUUACUGCUUACCAGUCCCAGUCAAACAAUAACGCCUGGUCAAAAUGAGAUCAUUGUCUCUGCUCUGGCGACAAGGCGUGGUUGCUUCAUUUUGGACAGUGUCCAAGCGACUCUGUUUAAUGGAAGACUUGUUGUUGACGUCGAUAACGUCGCAACGAAGCGAUUUGUUACGGUAUUCGUGCAGAGCACGCCCAACAAGCUGUGGAUUGAUGACAGCAAAGACCUCCUGGCAGGCGUUGUUCAACGGGUCAAAGUGACGAUUGAAGCCGGGUCUUCUGUGGACUGGUCAAAAAUCGAGAUUAAAGCCGAUGUCUGUGAAGGAAUCGAGUUUAUGGGAUCGAAUGGCGUAUGGUCAUCAAAUGUGAGUGUGGAUAUCCCUCCACUUGGUGUAUCUGCACGACAUUCAUUUGAAUUGGUGCUUUGUUUAUUGAUGGAUACAGGAUUGACAGCUUCACCAGCGAUAAGGAAGGCGAAGAUUUCCAUGGAAUGGCUUGGGAGAAUAUGGUCGCUCGAAUUACCAUUUGUUGCGUUGCUAAUAAUGACAUCCAGUACUUCUAUGCUGGAGAAUAAAACCUUGUUCGAGCUGGAAGUGGCACGAGCCGUUGGACACGCCGAGGAAUGGACGGUUGUUUUGGAAAGUGCCAUGAUUGAAGCAGUAGAUCCGAAGGCUAAGGAUGGUACACCAAAUCAGCUUGCCAAAUUGAUUAAUAGAGAUCUCGGGGAGCUAAUUCCAAAUGUUGUGGCAAGCUUAGUAUGGAUUUUGCCGUUAACAAGUGAAUUACCGAUCUCGCACAAGCUAUCUGUUGAUUAUCGGGUGAAACCGACAAAAGAAAAAGUGUCAUUAAAUGGAACUGAGGAUUUCAUAGAUAGGCUCUAUAUUUAUCGAGAAACGUUUGAUCUCCAUGUACCGAAGGUAGGCUACGAAUUAUGCGCACAAAUGCUGUCUCAACAGCCUGGUGCUCAAUUGUGCCGCGCUGGUGCUGCCUGUGAUCUCGUGAUCUCAUUGAGAUCCCUAUCUUCGUUGCCACCUGUAGAAGUUCUUUAUAUUGUGUUGGAUGCUGACGAGAAAUUGUGGACACUGACGGAGAGAGCAAAAGUGUUACACGUAAAGGAGUCGGGCUUGGGUCAAAUCGCGUUCAGUGUAAUACCAUGUGCUGCCGGCUUCUUACCGUAUCCAUCGAUUUCAGUCUAUAGCUGUAAGACUGUUGGGCCUCGAGUCGGAGACACAUGGACAGAAGGAUUGGACAUUUUACCCGGUGUUCCACUACUGUCAUUCCUUCGAACAGCAGGAAAACAGAUUCGAGUUUUGGCAGCAAGUCAAACGGAAUCAGAACCACCAGAACAGAAAAAAGGUUUUAAGCAUAAACUUGGUAAACUAUUUGACUAG